AGUAGCACUUCCCAGGCACGAGUAGACUGCGAUGUUUUUAUCAAUUUUCAAUAUAUUGGCUGGAACAUUUCAGAAGCUUUUUUUUCCCUAAAGACUCAAGAACAAUAACAUUUACCUCCCUUCACAGGUCAUCUUCGAAACUUUGUUAGGGCUGCGGUGCUAGCUUUGCUUCCACUCACUUCACGACUGAGUUUGCGAGCAUAGACAAGGGAGGUAACUCAAGUUAAAGAUGGCUGUAAACUACUGCAGGCAACUGAGACUCUACAAAGACUCGGUCGACAGUAUACAUGUAUUUACAAGUACUUUGAAACACGUACCUUUGCAAGCAAUCUGUCAUGUACUUUUCAGAAAUCUGACAACACUAGACGUGAAAUCAUUUCAGAGCACCAUAGAUGAUUCAGCAGUUCCUUUAGCAGUUAAAAAAGAUACAUCAGUCCCUCUGCCUCCAGUGUACAUUCCUCAUUUCGUUGAAAAGGAUUGGUAUCAGUGGUGGUUGCACAAAGGUUACUUCACUGCAGAAACUGGACAAGCUGCUACUAGCAACCAAGAGAAAUUUGUUCUGCUUUUACCUCCUCCUAAUGUUACUGGUGUGCUUCAUCUUGGCCAUGCUCUUACCAUCUCUAUACAAGAUGCUCUCAUUCGAUGGCAUCGGAUGCUGGGUCACAAAACACUGUGGGUGCCAGGUACAGACCAUGCAGGUAUUGCAACUCAGGUGAUGGUGGAGAAGAUGCUAUGGGCCAUGAAAAAGCAAACUCGUCAUGAUCUAGGUCGUGCAGAAUUUGUUUCAACUGUUCAAGAUUGGAAACAAAAGAAAGGUUCUAUAAUAAAGGAGCAGAUGAGCAAGCUUGGAGCUUCAUUUGAUUGGAGCAAGGAGUUUUUCACUUUAGACGAUAGGCUGUCACAAGCAGUUACAGAUGCCUUUAUAAAUCUUCACGAGAAGAACAAAAUUUAUCGUGAUACUCAACUUGUGAACUGGUGCUGCUCUCUGCAGUCUUCUAUAUCUGACAUUGAGGUUGACAAUGUUAAAAUUGACAAACCAACAAAAAUACCAGUUCCAGGUUAUACAGAUGGGGUGGACUUUGGUAUUUUAUCACUGUUUGCUUAUCCCAUUGAGGAUUCACAUGAAGAAGUUGUUGUUUCAACCACUCGUUUGGAGACAAUACUUGGAGAUACAGCUAUAGCUGUCCAUCCAAAUGACACCCGCUAUACUCAUUUGAUUGGACGUAAAGUGUGGCACCCUUUGUGUUCUCGCUCCAUGCCAAUUAUUGCUGACAGUUUUGUUGACAGAGAAUUUGGUACAGGUGUAGUAAAAAUAACACCAGGUCACAGUUAUGUCGACUUCGAAGUUGCGAGAAGACAUAACCUUGCAGUGCUAAGUGUAAUUGAUGACAAAGGCAACAUACAUGGAGAGGCUGGAGAAUCCUUCAUUGGAAUGCCUCGUUUCUUGGCCCGGAAUAAAGUAUGUUUGGCGUUAAAAGACUUGGGACUUUAUCGAGGAGAGAUGCCUCAUGACAUGAUGUUACCAUUAUGCAGCCGUUCUGGUGAUGUGAUAGAGCCUCUGCUGAAGGAACAAUGGUUCUUGAACUGUAAGGACCUAGCUGAUCAAGCAAUACGGGUGGCAGAAAAUGGAGAACUGACAUUUUCAGCACCGCAUCACAAAGCUGUUUGGUUUGAGUGGCUCAGAAAUGCAAGAAACUGGUGUUUAUCAAGACAGCUUUGGUGGGGACAUAGAAUACCAGCUUACAAUUUUCAGACGGAGAAAGGAAAUGUAUGGAUAGUAGCCAGAAGCCAGGAAGAUGCUGUGAAAAAGUUUUGCAAGCAGAGACCUUCUUGUACUUAUUUCUCCUGCUCUCAAGAUGAGGAUGUUUUGGAUACAUGGUUUUCAUCAGCUCUGUUGCCUUUUAGUGUCUUUGGCUGGCCACAGGAGACUGACAACUUGCGAGAGUUUUACCCUCUGAGUUUACUGGAAACUGGCCGUGAUAUUUUGUUCUUUUGGGUUGCCCGCAUGGUGAUGCUGGGUCUUGAGCUCACAGGCUCUUUGCCAUUCAGACAUAUUUUGCUGCAUGGCAUCAUUAGAGAUGAGGAAGGGCGCAAAAUGAGCAAAUCUUUAGGCAAUGUUAUUGAUCCCAUGGAUGUCAUUCAAGGAGCUUCUCAUGAGGAGCUGAGAAAGAAGCAAGGUAGCAUGCUACAAAAUAAGAUGAAGGUAGAAACUUCCUGUGAUAAACAGAGCAAGUACAUGAAUGAUGGGAUUCCAGAAUGUGGCGCAGAUGCUUUGAGAUUUACUCUAUGUUCUCAUGAUUUUAAAGUGGAUGAGAUUAGAGUCAGUGUGGAGCAUAUGAAAGUCAACCGUUUUUUCUGCAACAAGAUCUGGCAAGCUUUUCGUUUUGUGCAGCAACAUUUGGGUGCAGAUUUUGUGCCACUUCAACAAUUCAAGUUGAGUGGUAAAGAAGACACAGUUGACCUCUGGAUUCUUAGUCGCUUGAGUGAGCUUGUUGCACUGUGCAAUGCAUCCUUCAUCUCUCAUGAUCUUCAAAAAGCUAUAAGUUCACUCCACACUUUUUGGCUUACCUACUUUUGUGACAUAUAUCUGGAGAGCUGUAAAGGGAUAUUCCAGCAAGAUGAUUUGGAGCUACACCAGACUGUUCGUCAUAUUCUGUACCUGAUAAUGCACACUUUUUUGCGUGCAAUGGCACCAUUUAUGCCAUUUCUUGCAGAGGAGCUGUACCAGAGACUGCCUAUGAAAGGAAUUAACUGGCCUGAAAGUGUGUGCAUUGCUUCUUAUCCUCUUUCAGAAGAGUAUCCCUGGAGAGAUGAAACAGCAGAGAACACAAUGGCUCUAGUGCAAAACAUCUGCAACCGCAUUCUUUCAAAGCGCCAUGCCUGUCAUGAUCUAAAGUCAGCUAUCCCAGUGGAUUUAAUUGUAGCAGAUCAGCACUUACAAGCAAACCUUAAAGGGUGCAUCAGGGUGAUCAAACGAUUAACUAGAGCAGACCCUGUCCAUAUUACAGGCCCAUUUUCCUGCUCUGUUGAUUGUGAAGCUAUUGUUAUUACUGAAAAGGUUCACCUUCUGGUUCAUCUGCAGAAACAAGUGGACUACUCCAAAGAACUGAAGCGUCUUUCUCUUAAACAUAACAAGAUUCUUUUUUCCAAAGAGAAAGUGGCAGCCAAAUUAAGCAAACUGCAGAGCACAGGAAAAGGUCAUCUUUCUGUCACAACAAAGCUGCAAGAAAAGGAAGCAUCGCUACAGACAGAGCUGAAGACCAUAGUUGCUGCAAUAAACAGUCUAAAGAGGAUACUUGAAUCAAAAUCAUGAACAGUGGAAGAACCACGACUGAGUUCCAUUCAAGCACCCUUAAUUUUGAAGCUAAUAACUUUUCAGCAGAUACAAAAAUUGCAUCAAACGAAAACAUCAAAAAUAAAUUUCCAUCACCUUCAAGUUAGCAUUAUCUGGCUUUGAUUGUAUUUGAUAUAGAAACAAAACUUUUAUCGUAUAUGGGUACAGACAUCUAAGUUUUAAGAUGUAUAUAAACAAUUUGCAAAACACUUUGUGUUAAUUACUCUGAUAUGAUGAAUUUUAAUUAAAUAAACAAGACAUUGAUCUCAGCAA